CUGCCGAAAAUGGCCUUAAAGUGGCAAUGUAUAAUGCUGGAAAUCUACAUUUUAAAGGUUGUGGCGGAGCUAAGAGAGAUAUACAAAAGGCUAUAUAUUAUAUGAAAUUAGCUGCGUAUAAUGAAUAUGCUCCCGCAAUCAAGUUUUGUAAAGAACAUCAUAUUGAAUGA